AUGGCUCUGUUUACUCGGGGUCAUUACUGGUUUAAGUGUCCUGCUUGUAUAUUUUCAGAGUACUUGGAGGUUGUGUGGCGUUCACUGGCCUCAGAAAAUGCAGAGUGUCCCAUUCUGGUGAAAAAGGCUUCAGAUACACUCGUCGCACGCCUGAAAGACCCCAGAACCUUUGACAGCAUCACCAAAGACUUUAAUUUGUGCUCCAAACUGCAGAUCCAGACAGAGAUGGACUCCGCCUAUUUCCUGGAAACGCUGGCAGGUAACUUUAUGGAUGUGGUCCAGUAUAACGAGGACAACAGAGAGUUUGAGGGUGUGGUUGGAGGAAACAUAACCAUCAAGGUGCUGUGUGGUAUGAUGGCCAACACCUCGCUGGGAGAUCCGUACGCCCGCUACGCCGCCGUGGCCCGUCUCAUGACGGACACAUUCUCUCAGAAGUGUCUGGACGCCAGCUUCAGUAACUACACCAGAGACAUGAGCAACACGUCCUGGGACGGGCCUGCUGCUGGGGGAGGGAGACAGUGGGUCUAUCAGACGUGCACUGAAUUUGGAUUCUACCAGAGCACCGAUUCACCUAACCAACCAUUCAGUGGCUUUCCUCUCGGUUAUCAUGUGAAACAGUGUGCAGCCUUCUACAACAUCAGUGCUGAGCAGGUGACAGAGGCCGUCGCCCAGACCAAUGAGUGCUACGGAGGCUAUGUUAUCCACUCUAGCAGAAUAGUUUUCCCCAACGGGUCCAUCGACCCUUGGCACGCGCUGGGAAUCACCCAGGACAUAACAGCUGAGCUUCCUGCUGUCUUCAUCAAAG